AUGCAGCCAUCAAAUAUAUACUGGAUUGUAUCAGACCUGCUGCAGUUUCACUGUUUGUUUUUUUUUGUUUUUUUUUCCUGUGUUUUUUUAUUCACUCACCAUAGAGCUGAUAAAGCAGAUGAUGAGGACGAUGAAGAUCUAACUGUGAAUAAAACAUGGGUCCUUGCACCAAAGAUUCAUGGUGGGGAUGUAACUCACAUACUGGACUCCUUACUUCAAGGAUAUGACAAUAAGCUUCGGCCAGAUAUUGGGGUGAGAACUACGGUAAUUGAAACAGAUGUCUAUGUUAACAGCAUUGGCCCAGUUGACCCAAUCAAUAUGGAAUACACCAUAGAUAUAAUUUUUGCCCAGACGUGGUAUGACAGUCGUCUAAAAUUUAACAGCUCAAUGAAAGUACUUAUGCUCAAUAGCAACAUGGUUGGAAAAAUUUGGAUUCCAGACACUUUCUUCCGGAACUCAAGGAAAUCUGAUGCUCAUUGGAUUACAACUCCAAAUCGUUUGCUUCGAAUCUGGAGUGAUGGAAGGGUAUUAUACACUCUAAGGCUGACAAUUAAUGCUGAAUGUUAUCUUCAGCUUCAUAACUUUCCUAUGGAUGAACACUCCUGUCCACUGGAGUUUUCAAGCUAUGGAUAUCCCAGAAAUGAAAUUGAAUACAAAUGGAAGAAAACCUCUGUUGAAGUGGCAGAUCCAAAAUACUGGAGAUUGUAUCAGUUUGCAUUUGUAGGUUUACGAAAUACAACUGAAAUUUCUCAUACCUUGUCUGGUGAUUAUAUUAUUAUGACAAUCUUCUUUGAUCUCAGCAGACGUAUGGGAUAUUUUACUAUUCAGACAUACAUUCCCUGUAUACUCACAGUUGUUCUUUCAUGGGUGUCAUUUUGGAUCAAUAAGGAUGCAGUUCCUGCAAGGACUUCUCUGGGUAUUACAACAGUGCUGACCAUGACAACGUUGAGUACAAUUGCUAGGAAGUCUCUCCCAAAGGUUUCCUACGUGACAGCAAUGGACCUUUUUGUUUCAGUUUGCUUCAUUUUUGUGUUUGCUGCCUUGAUGGAAUAUGGCACCUUGCAUUACUUUACCAGCAACAGAAAAGGGGACAAAGGAAAAGAAAAGAAGGCAAAAUCUAAGUCAUCAAAACCACCUGCAAUUGCUGUUCGACCUGGAUCAACACUAAUUCCAAUUAAUAACAUUAAUCAUCUCCCUGAACGUGAUGAUGAUUAUGGAUAUGAGUGCCUAGAAGGGAAAGACUGUGCUAGCUUCUUUUGUUGUUUUGAAGACUGCCGCACAGGAUCUUGGAGAGAAGGAAGGAUACACAUACGUAUUGCAAAAAUUGACUCCUAUUCUCGAAUCUUCUUUCCAACUGCCUUUGCAUUGUUCAAUCUUGUUUACUGGAUUGGCUAUCUUUAUCUAUAAAUCUCAAAGGUUUGACAAACUCAGAAAAAAAUGCUAAUUGAACAGUCAUUAACACUUUUCAGUGAGCAGUCAAAGAUUAGGUCUGGUCCAAAAUGACUCAAAUUGUUUGGAUGCUUUAAAAAUUUGAAACAAUGAGAGAAAAAUAUGGUGAUGUAGUCUCCCUCUUGUGAUCAACUAUAGAACUGAUACUGGUACUUUGAAGAGAAAAUUUUAAAAUUAAUAUCCCUGAAGCUUAACUUGCCUGAAAGCACACAUAUUUUUGUCCAGCGCUAACAAAACGCAGAGUCAAGAGGCUAUGUUAUUUAACUGGACAGUUCUACAUAAGCUUUCAAUUUUAAUCCUAAGUGUUAAUGCAGAUUAAUUUUGUAACAUCUCUUACACCUUUACAAAGAAAGCCUUAAUAAAAUGGGAUUAUUUAUUCUCGUCCAUUUCAUCCAUAAAGUGAUGAUUUUACUAAUCCCUGACUUAAAAAGGUUUAAAUGGAACAUUUCUGUUUUUCAACCAGCUAUUUGUUCUCUGCAGUAUGUUAAAAAGAGUGAUUAAGUCAUAAUUAAUCACAUUCAGAUUUAUACAGAAUGCAGAGAUUGGAGCAGCAAGAAAUGGAUAUAUCACAAAAACCUCAAGGGUAAUUCUGAGCUUGUCUUAUCUGACCAUUGGUACAGGCUUUUGGCUUUGAACCUUAGAUUACAUUUAUGACUGUGCUCCAUAUGCCAUUAUUUCACUGUUGUGAGUUCUUUGAAGUUCUCCAAGAGGUCUACAACUUUCAAAAAUUCCUACCCUACCACCACUGCUUGCUCAUUUCACGGAAACAAGACUGAUGUUGGCUAACUGAGAUUCUGGCCAUUAAGCAUAAUGCUCUUCACAUCCUCCCCAUUCCCCUCUCCUUUGUCUGAUUCAUUCUCAAGAGCCAGAGAAAAAAAGUCAUAACUCUACAUUCGGUAGAAUUUGUAUCAUCAGAGUUUGGAAAAACCUGUAACAGUGCUAUAGUCAUUGUAUUCAAAGCUACUGUGUUAAAUCAAAUCUCCAGCCCUAAGAGCGUAGUGUGUGACAUGCGCCACUUUGCAUACAGUAUAAUUUUGUAGAUUCUGCUUGUUAGUGCAUAUGCUACUCACUGAGCCAAAGCCAAAUGGUAUGAAUUUACUGAACCUGUGUUAUAAAUUGCCAUGUAAUUACCUCCCUGAUAUUUGUUUGCUUCUAAUGGAAAAGCCACGUUAGUAGAGGGGGAGGUAAAGUAAAAGUAAUCCUUACACAUUGCAGAUUCUUCUCCAAGAUGGCAUGUAUCCCCCAAAAAUCACAGAACCAGUUCUCCAGCCUUUCUGUGGUCGGAGCUUCUGUUCACUUUGGUAGCAAUUCUUCAGUAGUAGCCUUUCUGGACUGACUUCUCUGUGUUGACUAUUGCUGGCUGGCAGCAUUUAGUAUCUCAUUUCUAUUUUUAAAUCCAUUGUCUUCAUUACGGAAAAGUGCAGUCUUUCCUCCUUUCUCAAAAAGAAAUAGGUCUCAAGUGAGCUUGCAAAAAUCUCUGUAAAAUUAAGAUAUGCAUUAAGUAAAAGUCAGAAUUACACAGAAGACCUUACAGAUCUUUAAAGAGGAUUAAUGGGAUUAACAUUUGGCUGUAGGUAAGGAUGUUCAGUACUGGAGAUAAAGAUGUGAUUAAUGGCUAAUAAUAGAAAAUGAUACAUGAAGGAACCCCCCGCCCAAUAUUUCUGUUGAACCGGCUCCCUCCUCUGAAUUUCACAGGAAAGAUUAGUGUAUUUUUAUAUUCUAGUUGGUGCCAGAAAUAAUAAGAUGUGAUACGCAAUGCACAUUGCAGAUGAAAUGUUAUGCAGUGUUUAGCCCCAAAUUUUAAUAAAGAAUGCAAGAUUAUGUGAAGUGAUUCUGGAAGAAAGUGUUACAGAGAAGACACCAUUUUAAUACAAACUUUACUUCAGUAUUUACCUGACGAAAUAUGAAAGUGGUUGAGAGAAUCUGAAAGCCUGCUGUCGAGGUUGGGUGGCAUUUUUUGCAUGACCUUUCUGAGUACCAGUUCCUUCUGACUGUUAGACUGAGUGCAGAAGUGUGGCAUCAUUAACAACACUGAUCGACUAUAAUUUAUUGGUUUUUUAGAGUCUUAUUUUCCGAAAAUGUUCAGUACAAUGGAAAUGUGUCAGUUUUAAUUCCGUAGUGCAAUUCGAUGCUUUUUGACACCACGCUAAACACAUUUCUCUGUAGGAGGGAUGAAGGUGGCUUCAGCAGCAGUAUGUUGGAGGUGUACUUGAAAAGUAGUCUACUCACUAUACAAUACAAGGCCCAGAUUUUGUGAGCUUCUGAGUUUCAUUAAUUUACCUUUAAACAAAAGGAACUUGAAAGAACUUGGCACUUCACAAGAGGAAAUACAAAUUUCACAGCCUGCUCUCCUCUGGCACAUCUAGUUAGCUUUUUCUAUUCAUGUCGUUGUCAGUUGCCAGUCAGCCUCCGGUGACUGAAUUGGAGAACAGAAAACAUCCUGAAUUGGCAAGGGACGGAUAAGAAGUCUUUCAUCUUUAAUUUCUAUGAAACAAUGUAAUGGAGUAUUAAAGCUAUUGAAUGUUGUGCCUGUUUGGCUUAUGGAUACACUUGCUUCUGUCUAUUGACAAACUUUUCUGUGUACUUCAUUUGUUUCUGAUGAAAUAAUUUUAGUUUCCCAUAGUACUGUGAGUGCAAACAGAAAUGGGAAUGCAGCGAACUGUAACACGGCAUGUGGUAAAUGUGUUAUUUUAGUCCUAUGUGUUUUCUUUCUAAUCUGCAUGUAAACACUUGGUUCCAAAAAAUCUUAAUUGAUACUCAAAAAAAAAAGACAGGAAAUGAAGACUAUAAUUACUUGGACUUAGAUUCUGCAAUCAUUUUUCAAACCUGCGUGGAUAAAAGUUCAUUUAGCGAUAGCUGGGAUCACAGUAUUUGGAGUCAUAUUAUUCUGACCAUUACUGCUUAAGCACAUGCUUAAACCUAUUCCUAAUCAGUACUGUAAUUAGACUAGAAUUCAGAAAAGUGUGUGCUUAUGUACUGUCAUAAAGAGUGAUGCUAUCCUGAAUUGAUGCCAUUAACACAUGCUUAAUUUGCACUAAUUUCAAUAAUGAGUGUUCAGUAGCUCAAAUGAUUGAACAUUAAGGAUGUGAGCCAGAGCCUCUUCAGUAAGAAGUUUUCUCACUGAAAGAUCGGGACAUAAGAGGAGAAAUUGCCAUAAAGGCAGAGAGGUGAAACUCGGGGGCAACUGUUUUAUAAUUGACCCAUCUUAGGCAUGUCCUGAAAUGUAUUUUUUUAAAAAAAGAGACUUUUCCUUGGUGUUUAUGUAUUCCUGUUCACCACUUGUCUGUUUUAGUAGUGAGUACAGCUCAGUGUGUUAUUUUUUGGUAAGGUUUUGUCUAUGAUCAUACCUCACUGAUCUUCAGUGCAUGUCUUGCGUGUCUCAAUGAACUGUUUUAUGUAGUGGCAGUGCAACAAAAGCAUGAGCUAUGGGUAACGUAUUUUGUAUUCAUACAUUGAUGUGCUUCAAAGGCUUUAACCUUAUCCAGUUUUCUGACAUUCAGAGAUAUAGGAUUGUGUAAGACUUUGAAGGAGAAUCACCUCCAACAUGGCUUUUAUAAUUUUCUGUUUCUUAUUUGCCAUGGUAGUAAAAGAUUUGUUUAAAAUUGAUAUAUGAACUAUGCGUUGUAAUCUGUGAACACCUUUGACUUCUCAACUGAAAGCCCAGUAGGAGGAGUCUGGAUUUAAAUAUCUAUCUGCCUAAAGUAAGAUAUGUUUUGUUUAGUUGCAUCAGCCAUCAUUUCAGUUUUCUGUUUCUAAAUACCUGAGAAUUAGUGCAAAUACAUCUAAUUUAAAUGUUUUUAAAUAGUGGUUAAUGUAAUUAUUUUUAAAAUUCAUUGUAGUUUCUCUCAGUUGUACAUUAAAUGUGGUCUUUUACGUUUGUGAAAUACUACUGUAUUUUGUAGUCAUUAUAAUAGAUAUAGAAAAUAGAAACUAACGUUGAACUUCUCAGCUAAGGAAUACAAGUCCAAGAGUUAGAACUGCUGUGCUUCCAUUUUUGAAGAAGCUUAGUGAAUGUCCACAUGCCCCAGUAAAUGUGCUGUGGGGGAGACUAACUCAUGGGGAGAGGUAGAAUAUUCUCUGAGCUUCAGAAAAGGCCUCUGCGUUGGUUCAUGCCAUGGGCUUGCUACCCAAGUGGUUUUAGUCAAUGAAAGGCAUAGAUCUGUCCUUUUUUCAGUCAUCUCUGGCUUCUCCUUCACUUGUGCCAGCAAUAGCAGUUGUAAAGCCAUGUUGCCAGAUGAAUCACAACCUGAAAAUUUAUCUUGAUUUUACUCUUUUGUAAGUUAAUGUUUCAACCAGAUGGGCGGGACCAUCUGACUGAACAUGCAAGACUGUGACCAUUUGUUCUGGCCGAAGACAGGUGAUGGGAGCUUGCAGCUGGAGGCAGAGAAAUGGCUUCUUAUGAUGGGUGUAUUUCAUUCCAUUGAGAAUCUGCAAUGAAAGCUAGUGUGGAAGAAGGGGAAAGAUGGGGGAGAAAAGGUUGCACGGGGGAGUGAUUCCAGAAUCCAGUGUCAUGGAUCUGAGUGACUUAUAAUUAGUUAAUAGGUUUUUCACUGCUAUCUGUGAUAAUGCUCUUGAUUUCCCUGCAACAUAAUUAAAUCUUUUUUUAAUUUUUUAAAAAAUACAAGACCUGUGCAUUUCCUAUACAUCAGUUACAGACUGAAGGAGCAAUAGACAGUUAUCUCCAGUGAUCAUUCUGGUGAAAUGUCAGACAGAAAAUCAGAAAUCAGGUUCAAUCACAAAAAAAUUAUCUUUUUUCUCCUUUUAUUACUAAUGAUAAAACUAUUUUCUAAAUUACUGAGUAUUAAGUAGUACAUGAGACACUGGGAAAGAGCUAGUAGCCAGGUGUCUACACCACUGUUGGUCUCCUUGAGGGCUACAACAUUUGGGAAUGGAAACCUGACCCACACUGCAUUCAGUCAUUGAGUCAGUCUCUCCUUCAGGGAUUAGGAAAGGUGGAUUGUGAUCACAUUAGGCGAGAACUAGGAUAGCCAGUGUACGCCAAGGAGGUUGGUAACAGUUUUUGGUUAAAAGGAAGGGUGAUUUCUGCCUGUGCGAAUGUGAUUUAGAAAAGGGUACAGGCUUCCCUUCAGAAGAUGGAUGUGAUCCGUGACUUCCAGAAUGACGGCAAAGCAUCCCUGCAUUUGGUGUUUAUCUUUGCGCAGGAGUGGUUUCACUGAGGUGACUCUCCUCAGUGGCACUGAGGUGUUCCCUGUGUGCUGUUGGGGGAGAGUUUUGACUGCUCACCUGGGUAAGGUGUCUCAGUCUUGUCACAGGGCUCAGUAUUGUGGAUUCUGAGUUGUCUUUUGGAUAUGUUGUGAGGCUAGGGAAAAAGGGCAGUGAAGACUAAACUUUUGAUGUAAUUUACUAGUAAAUCUUACUGAGAAAGCCAGAGCAUGACAAAGGCUUUAGAGGAAACCUCAGACAGCCAGUGGAGGUAGAUUAGCUAAAACUGUAACAGACUAAAGGUUCUAGACCUUUUCUCCAUAUGUGGGUCUCACUGCCCGCCAGCAGUAUGUAGUUUCUAAAAAAUCUUAAAUGCCUUAUGUUACUUUAAGGAAAAAAAAAAAAUCUGUAGAAUUCCUGGGAAUCUCAUUCCCAGUGACAAAUCUUGCUUUGCCUGCAAAUUUUGCAUAUGGUAGAUCAACAUUACUUGAGCUGUGUGGGGAGAGUCAGACGGUAUGUAAGGCAGAAGACCUGUAAACUGUUCUACCCUGUUCUUCCUCUCAGUCCCUUCUCUUAGUCAUGAAAAGAGUUUCAGAAGAGUGGGUGUAUAGCGUGUGUAAAUGAGGACAGAUUUGCUACUAACAACAGGGCCUGAGUCCCAAUAGCUGUCAGGAUCAAGAGAGACAGGAGUCUGCUUGCAGUAAUAAGGCUUCUCUUUUGUCAUUCUUUGUAGUAGCUGCUUUUCCAUACAUCUCUGCAUGCCUGCCUGAGACUCAAACGUUUUUUAGGCUGGAAGCAAUUCUUUUGUGUAUUUCUAGCUUCACCAGAAUGAUCUUUAUCAUCAUAGUUUGAGCCUUGCUGAAUUUGAAAGAAAAGGUUUCCCCUUGAAAUUUCCCUGUCUGGGCAUUCCAAGUAUGAGGUGCCUCACCACCAAAAUUGGAAGAGCGAUUUUCAGUUGAUCCAGCUGAGGAGGCAGACUGGCUCUGUAGGAGAGGAAGAUAUAUUACUUUUGCCAAUUUGAGACUUAAAAACAAAAAUGAAAACCAGCUACUGUGGGUGGGAAGUGAAGAUGAGUCAUUAUUUCACUAAAGAAGUCUAUCUCCCCUUGAAUUGUUUUUCCUCCGUAGGAAGAUGGUAAAUAGGAAUCUUUUGGCAUGUGAAGUCUGCAGAAAGCUUGUCAUGGUCAUUUUAAAUACAGAAAGUCGUUUGUCCCUCUGCCCACUGACAGCGUAGGAGCAGGAACAAUGUUUGCACUAUGGCUCAGAUUUUCCAAUAUAGGUAAAUGUGCCCAUUUGCAUAUUCAUAGGCCCUGUGUAAGUAUGCAAUCUGUGUUCACGCUUCAGUCACUGAAAAAAAUCUUAACAGUUUGUGUGUCUUCACAGUAUCUUUUGUAUUUCCCACUGUUGUCCACUGUGAAUGCUUAGACUUUUUGUCUGCACAUGAAGGGUUGUGCUGUGAUACCUUUACUUACAGUUUGAAUUGCUAUAGAAUAUAAAUACCUCCUUAAAUGAAACUGGGGGAUCAGAAUCUGGCAACCUUAUGGUGAUUCCUAUCUUGAAAAAUCUAAUAUCUGUUCUUAACUGCUGUUUCCAAUUGAAUAAAUAUUACUGGUAUAAUUUGUAUUCCCCUUCACUGAUGUUUUAUAAACAACUGCAAUGUAUGGUCUAAAAACUAAAUUUAUAGAAAUAUCCUUCAAAAAUAACACUUACUGAGACACAUAAUGAAUCAAUAUUUAUUAUAUUGAGGUUAUAUUAUUCAAAUACACUCUUAAUGCAAGUCUCUGUCUCAACGUCCAUAGUUCAUAGAGUAUUUCAGUGAUUCACAGUUUGCCCCUUACUAGUGCAUCCUUUUUUUUUUAUUAUUCUUUUUAAAAAGUCCUGGUAUUUUUAACUACCCAAGUGAAUAUUCAUACCAUGCGUUUAAUCUGAUAGUGUUUUGGCACCAGUGGACAAUGUUACAAUAUUGUGCAUCAGUGUUCCUUUUAAAAUUAUUUAUUAAAGCCCUUGUGGAUAACUUUGAAUAACAAAAAAAUAUGAACAUUAAGAUAAAUUGUGCAACUCUCAGUGCUGCUUCUAACGAUUAUAUAUAAAAUACACAAUGUUGGUGCAAAUUUAUUCUUCCAUUUCAGUUUUGCUUCCCGAAGCCUUCUCAGUUGGACUAAUAUUAUUAUAACUGUGCUGAUAUUUACAGUUCUGCUCAGUUAUUUGGUACUUUUCCAAUAGCCUUGGUGUGCCCUCAUCCAUUAUAUUCAAUUACCUAGAAACAUCAAGGUAUUCUCACAGGCUUUUAACGUGAUUAAGCCAUGACUUCUUCAGUCUCUCUUAAAAUACCAUAAUCUUUUGUGUGCAAUGCCAAAACUAAACCAUUUGCAAGUAUUGAAUUGAAUGUUGUUUGCUUCUGCAUUUUGAUAGUCUGUCUCCCAGGUUAGAAUGAACCAUAGAUAUCAUCAUUUUAAUAUUUGACAACAUUAUUAAUGAGCAUGGCUGAACCAGAAGACUUCAGAGAUGAUAAACCGGUGAUGCUCUUGGCUAAAUCCCAUACAGCUGAGACUUUGUGAGUGUGGUAGAAAUUAUAUUGGCAAUGGCAAAGACAUAUGUAUCUGUAUGGAGAGCAAGAUCUGAAAAUUUUUACAUAUACACCAAUUUCUGAUUGUCAUUUUAACAAGCUUCCCCCCAGCCCCUAAAAUUUAUGUUCUAAAUGUGACCCAGAAAGUUCCUGAAAAAAAACAUUUAGAUUUGCACAGUUAGAAUGUAGAAAUGGUUCAGAAGCUUAAAAUAAUUAUGGCUCCAUUUGAUGGGUCUUGUGGAUUCAUUUUUAAUUUAACUUCUUUGUACUAAAGAAGAAAGGGAGAACACGUGUUCUGGUUGAAGAUAGGCAUUGAUACCACUGAAGAUGAACGUGAAAAUUCCCUCUUUGGUGAAAAGUUGAUUUAUAGAUGUAGGUAGGAGCAAACGUUAGUGCCAAGGAUGUUGCUGUGAUUGCAUUUGUGGAGUAGAUGGAUUCUGCUCUUUACUUUGAGAACUCUGUUGCUACUAUGGUAAAAGAUCAACUUGGAGUUUUUUGCCUUUUAGUAUACCCUUAAUUUGGAUGCCUUAUUUUCCAAUGUGCAGUUUAAGACAUCUGAAAAAGACCUGCUUUUCAGAUCAAGACUGCUUAGCCCUUUCUAAAAAGCAUCCUUUAAGCUUUCAGUUUAAAGCACUCCAAAAGUGAGUAAGUUUUGUUAAAGUUGUUUGUAAAGUUUAGAAUGCUAUAGACUAUUGCAGAAAGUUCAAGUAUGGUUCCAGGCUAGAAUUUUCUGGCCUUUUGUUCUUUCUUGCCUGUGGGAUUUUGUUGUUUUAUAUUUAUUUAUUUAUUUAUUAUUUAUUUUCUUGAGGUCUGGGGAGAGAUGAAAGCAAAUGGAGGGAUUUCACCCUAUGGGUUUUUUUUGACAACAGUAUACCUCAUGCAGAAUAGUACAUCAACUGCUAAAAGCUGAUUUUAUUUGAGAACCGAUGAAAGUUUGAGACAGAUGACAGGAAUAAUACUAACAAGCUCAGAAAGGAGGUGCUUGUGGCCCUCGUUAUCAGAAGGGGCUUGGCUGUUCAAGGCUUUGAAAACAGAAUUUCUGAAGUAAGAUUACGGGAGAGAUCUGGGUUAUAAGGACUCCUAGAAAAACCAAAAUCUCAGAAACCUUUUACCGGGAGAAGAGUGGCAGUAGUUUGAAGGAUAGGUUUUAUAGCUCAUGACUGUACUGUGAAUGUUAAUGUCUAUUGAAUUUUCAUAUAAAUGUUGCACUAGUCCUUGUGCAUUGAAUGUGCUUGCACCCCGGUGCAUGGUUCAUACAGAUGUUUCUGAGAUGUAGCCUGUAAUCUUCUAAAUGUAAAACUCUGAAAGCCAUAGUCUAAAAAAUAAAAAUAAAUUAAAAAAAACCACCAUUGAAUACUAUGUGUUCUGUGCAAAAUGAACAGAUUAGAUGUUUGUGCUCUGAUGUCUCUUAAACUGGCAAGAAUCAAGAGAGUUUCAACACUGAACUUUGUAAAGCAGUUGUAAUGCAUUGUUUUUACUGUAUCUGCUGUGAAGUUGAUUGGUUACACUGUGAAAAAAUAAAUAGUGCCAGGCUACUUACUUUCUGAUGUUAUUUAUUUUCUACAUGCCAUACAUCCUUUUCUCUUUAGGACCAUGGCGAUAAUAGUCAUUCUGGUGAAAACAGUCUCAUGCGCUGCUCUGACCGAGAGCAACGCCCUUAUUUGCUUUAAAAUUUUCCCUUGUCCCCUCCAUUUACCUCUUCUUUCCCUUUCUUU